GAACCUUCUCACUGUAACUCAGCUGAACUCACAUCUCCUGCCAACAUGCCCUACAGCUGCUGUUCUGGAAACGUCUCCUCCCGCUCCCUUGGGGGCUACCUGCGCUACCCAAGCUCCUCCUGUGGCUCUUCUUCCCCCAGCAACCUGGUCUACCGCACUGACCUCUGCUCUCCCAGCCCCUGCCAGCUGGGCUCCUCCCUCUACAGCGGCUGUCAGGAGACCUCCUGUGAGCCCACCAGCUGCCGGACGUCCUGCGUGGUGUCCAGCCCCUGCCAGACGUCCUGCUCCCUCCCGAGGACCUCCACGUUCUGCAGUCCCUGCUGGACUGCUUACCCUGGGUCUGUGGACUGUGGAUCCAGAAGCUGCUACUCUCUGGGCUGUGGAUCCAGUGGCUUCAGACCCCUGGGUUAUGGAGUCUGUGGUUUCCCUUCCCUGAGCUAUGGAUCCAGUUUCUGCCGCCCAACCUACUUCUCCUCCAGGAGCUGUCAGUCAUCGUGUUACAGACCAACCUGUGGAUCUGGAUUCUAUACGUCCACUUGUUAAGGGUGCAGACAUUUUGAGGAGUGUGUCGAAUCUCUAAACAGGGAACCUAUCAUCUUCAUGAUCUUCAGGAAAAAGUCUUCAGUCACCUUUUCUCCAGCCACAAAGCGCUGACCAAAAAAACCUGUCUCUAACAUAUACUGAACCUAAUGAUUAAUUUUAUUGGAUUAGUUGAUAGAAUUGGUGGAAUUAAAUAAAUGGUGAGAUCAAUUAAUGGAAUUUAUGUUAAUAAACAUGAAUUAUCGUUAAUGAAAUAGUGGGAUUCUUGUUCAUGUAUUUAUUUUUUAUUUAUUUUUAAAAUAAUUUUUAAAUGUUUUAUUUAUUUGUGAGAGAAAGAGGGCGAGAGAGAGAGAGAGAGAGAGAACGAGUGGGGAGAGACAGAAAGAGGCAGACACAGAAUCCGAAACAGGGUCCAGGCUCUGAGCUGUCAGCACAGAGCCCGACACGGAGCUCGAACUCAUGAACUGUGAGAUCAUGACCUGAGCAGAAGUCAGCUGCUUAACUAACUGAGCCACCCAGGCACCCCUCUUGUUCAUGCAUUUUAUUCACAAGAGAUGAAAACCCAAAUGAACAUAAUAUAAUAAACUCAUUCAUUCUGUCUUCCAAAUAUUAUGCUAAUUUU